GAGUGGGAGAAAAAAAACAUAAAAGACAGCUUGCAGAAGAGCAGGUUUGCGCGUAUUGGUGCUGUCACUCAUUACAACGUUAGAUUAGAUCGUGUCUUCUUCCUCUCUCUACUUUCUUCUCUAAUACCAUACCUGCCACUUCCAACACUUAUUCCUUUUUUUUUUCCCUCUUGUCAUUACUCAAAUUUGAAACAUUAUUUGAAGCUAUCAAACAACAAUCUUUCUUCUAUCAACCCUCAGCCAUGGUGUUUUCUUUCAACCGACGCUUCUGCCUUUCUUCUUCGCUUCUCCUUCUCCUCAUGGCCCUCUGUGUUUCUUCUCUUUCUGACACCGUUUUCAACUCUCAAGCAGCGCAUACCGCUCGGAACCUUCUUCAGGCUAAAAAAAGUUGUUCUGUGAAUUUCGAGUUUUUAAACUACACAAUAAUCACAAGCAAAUGCAAAGGACCCCAUUACCCUCCCAAAGAAUGUUGUGGGGCUUUUAAAGAAUUUGCUUGCCCUUAUGUCGAUGUAUUAAAUGAUUUAACGAACGAGUGCGCCUCAACCAUGUUUAGUUACAUUAAUCUCUAUGGAAAAUACCCUCCUGGCCUCUUUGCUAGUGAGUGUCAUGAAGGGAAACUUGGUCUCGCUUGUCCUGCAUUGCCACCGUCUGCAUCAGCAGAUGACACUGCAAAUCAAGUUGUACACUGUCCAUCUCUAUUGCUGAUGCUCACAGCCUGCUUCUUAAUCUUGUUAUUUUGAUAUCUUUCUAUACACAACUUUUAUUCUUUUUCUCGCACAAUAUUGAUGUAUAAUCAGUUAUCAUUUUUUAUAUGUUGUGUGUGAAUUACUUUUUGAGCAAAAAAAAUUGACAAUGUACCUGUAGUUUAAGGAGAGUUCUAUUGAUCAAAUUUUAUCUAAUGAAAUUACGUUAGCCAAGUGCG